GCCAGCUUCUUCGGCUCUCUUGUUGCUGUCUUUUCCCUCUUAUCUUGCAUGUUCCAAAAGGCCUCCUAGAAUUUGCCGUCGAUUCCCAGAGCCAUGGAGGUGGCGCUGCCCAAGGACCUGCAGCAGCACGCCAGCCUGGCUAAGAGGAGACACGCGGAGCUGUGCCGGCAGAAGCGGGUCUUCAACGCCCGGAACAGGAUCAUCGGGGGAGAUACAGAAGCCUGGGAUGUUCAGGUUCAUGACCAGAAGAUAAAAGAAGCAACUGAAAAAGCUAGACAUGAAAGCUUUGCUGCUGAAAUGAGGCAAAAUGACAAAAUGAUGUGCAUAUUAGAAAACCGGGAAAGGAAAGACAAGAAAAAUCUCUGUAGGGCUAACAGUGAUUUCCAACAGUGCUUUCAGAAGCCAGAAACUCGUCGUGAAUUUGAUCUAUCUGACCCUCUAGCCCUUAAGAAAGAUCUUCCAGCCCGGCAGUCAGAUAAUGAUAUUCGGAAUACGAUAUCAGGAAUGCAGAAAUUCAUGGGAGAGGAUCUAAACUUCCAUGAGAGAAAGAAAUUCCAAGAGGAACAAAACAGAGAAUGGUCCCUGCAACAGCAGAGGGAAUGGAAGAAUGCCCAAGCUGACCAAAAAUGUGCAGAGGCCCGUCACACAGAGACGAGGCUGCAGUUUGACGAAACAGCCAGGCACCUUCAGAAACUGGAAAGCACAACCAAAAAGGCAGUUUGUGCAACUGUGAAAGAGUUCAACAAGAACCAGGCCGUUGAGUUAGCAGAAAGGAAAAAGCAAGAGAAAAAGCAAGAACAAGAAGACAACCUGGCAGAGAUCUCCAACCUGCUGCAUGGAGACCUGCUCUCUGAGAACCCGCAGCAGGCAGCCAGCUCCUUUGGGCCCCACCGUGUGGUCCCGGACCGCUGGAAGGGCAUGACUCAGGAGCAGCUGGAGCAGAUCCGCCUGGCUCAGAAACAGCAAAUCCAGGAGAAGCUGAGGCUUCAGGAAGAAGUGCGCCAGCGAGACUUGGACUGGGACCGACGGAGGGUUCAGCAGGCUCGUGCCACUCUGCUGUUUGAGCGACAACAGCAGCGCCAGCAGCGUGACCUACGCAGGGCUCUGGACAACAGCAACCUCAGCCUUGCCAAAGAGCAGCAUCUGCAGAAAAAAUAUAUGAAUGAAGUCUUUGCAAACCAACCCACAGGAGAUUAUUUCACACAAUUUAAUACAAUAAGUCGAUAAUGGAAAAGACCCUUCAUUCCCCUCAUUUAUGUAUGAAGUGCAGCAACCUUAAA